CGAGGAAGACCUAAGGACCUACUCAAGAGUCAACAAGCAAGGCCAAUGAAUGGGCUGUGGCGUGCCCCCUCUCCAGACAAGUGUAGACUUCCUUACAAGUUCAACUGAUCAUUAAAUGUCUGCAUUGUGGUAUGAACAGAUAGAGGGAAGGAGGAAACCAUCAGUAAAUCUCUCGCUGUGUCAACAUGUGAACUGAGAGUAUCCUGUGAUCCCUUCAAUCCGACGGAAAAGGGGUCACCCGAGCGAGAGGCGCGUCACGUUGGUAUCCACAGUACAGUUCUCGCAUCGCAGCGUGCAGGUGCAGGUGCAGUGCGGGGAAUCUAAACGUCUGCCUGCUAGCGAGUGUAUAAGUCAACAUCGGAAGAAGAACUCAAGGGAACCUGUUUCUCUACAUCCUUUGUCUAUUCCCAGAUCGAGACUUUAAAUAGAUCAAGAAAUCGAAUUUAUUGGUAUUCAUGCAUAUAAACAUAUCAAUGGACCCUCUGCCGUCGGAAGAAGUGGCCAGUACACAGCGGGCUGAGCUACCCACCCCGAAUAGCACACAUUCGUACUGGCAUCGCGAUCCUUCCAAGAAGCUGCUAAAUCACCAUACUACGGAAGAUCUCCCUUCUACUGCCGAUGUCAUUGUUGUUGGUAGUGGGCUAAGCGGGGCAUUUGCCACUCGAGAAUUGGUGGCUGGUGGACGGAGUGUGGUGAUGCUUGAGGCGAGGGAAGCUUGUUGGGGUGCAACAGGACGAAAUGGAGGCCACUGCCAGCCCAAUGUAUGGGGCACCACUGAAGAACUCGCGAGAUUCGAGCUCGCCACAUUCAAUAUGGUCAAAGAUCUAAUCACCCAACACAAUGUCCCUUGUGACUGGAAGGUAGUUGGCGGAAUCCGCGCCAUAUACACGGAGGAUGUCCUCGAAGCAGCGAAGCAACAGAUCGAGCGUUUACAGAAGUAUCCAGAUCUCAAGGACAAGGCAUUUCUGAUCACAGAAAUAGCCGAACUCGCAGCUCAGCACGUCCCGGAUGCCAUAGGUGCCAUACUACAACCGAAUGCCGCCAAGCUAUGGCCAUACAAGCUCGUUGCGUGGAUUCUAGAGACGUUGGUCAGCGAGCACGACGCAGCGGCUUUUAAUCUUCAGACUAACACGCCUGUAACAAAUCUUGAGCGCGAUGGGACAUCAUGGGUCGCGCAUACCCCGCGCGGGACUACCCGGGCCCGCGAAGUGCUUCUCACGACGAAUGCGUACACGUCGUAUCUGCUGCCUGGUCUGACGGAUGUAAUUUUGCCUGUGCGCGGACAAGUCUGCGCUCUUGAGCCGCCACAAGGCGCGGUCCAGCUGCCACACAGCUACGUGUGGACAGAUGCAAGUGAUCAGUACCUGAUCCAUCGGGGCCUGGACGACACCCAAGUCGGGGUGCCAGAUAGAAGUCUGGUUUUAGGGGGCGAACGAUUUGCCGUGCCGGAAGGCGAAGAGGGCAUAUCCCGCGAUGACGCGAUCAAUCCGAUAAUAAGCCGCGCGCUGCACAGUAGCCUGAGCAAGGCCAUUAAGCUGCUUCCCGGUGGCGAGCCAGAGAAAAAGGAAUUACGCGCCGCGUACGAGUGGACGGGGAUCAUGGGGUAUUCGCGCGACAGCCACCCUUUCGUCGGGCGCGUACCGGCGUCUUUCCUUGCGGAAGGUGAAAGCGAGACCUCCGCGACCGACGGGCUGUGGAUCAGCGCCGCCUUCACGGGCCAUGGAAUGCCGGUGGCCCCGAGGUGCGGCAUCGCCGUGGCGGAGAUGAUGCUUGGGAAAGAAGGUGGUGUGGAUAUCCCGGCGGCUUGGGUCCCGAGCGAUGAGAGGAUCGCGAGGGCGCGGCUCAUGGAGCUACCUAGGACUGUCGAGGAUCUAAUAAGGUCGCUACCUUCUGUGGAUUGAAAUCUAUGUUCCUAGCUAUCGCAUUACGGGUUUGUAAUCCUCCCUUUUUCUCGUUGAGUGGAAUAGAUACGGGCAUGUUAGAUUUGCAUAGAGGGACGAGAGUCAGGUUAUGGAAUCUUUGAUCCAGAGACUUCCUAUAAUAACGGUCUUCCAAGACUUUCAGUGGAAGCUAUCGGUAUCAAAGUAAUCAUGACUAUGCCAAUAGAACAAGACGGACGCUUAGUCGUCAAUUUUAGAAAUCUGGGGCUGGCCUGUAACAUGUCACGAGGGAUGUUAUCGAGUUGAAAGGCAAUAGGUCGCAAAGUAGGUUGAAUAUGGACCAAAGAGUUGCUCGAACUGUUUGUCGUUUCUUAACGCAGAAGGCAG